AUGUUGGAAAUUAGGCCAUGUUGUUGCUGCUGUUGCAAAAGUUGCUGUUGUGCUGGUGGUGGCUGCGGUGGAGGUAGCGGAGGUGGUUGCGGUGGAGGUGGUUGCGGUGGAGGUGGUUGCGGUGGGUGUGGUGGAGGCGGUUGCGGUGGAGGUGGUGGUAGCGGUGGCGGUGGUUGCGGUGCAGGAGGUGGUGGGGGUGGUGGUGGUUGCGGUGGAGGAGGUGGUAGCAGUGACGGUGGUCGCGGUGGAGGAGGUGAUAGAGGUGAUAAUAGUGGUGGUGGCUACGGUGGAAAUGGUGAAAGAGGAUUUGGUGGUGAUGGUGGUAUAGGGAAAAGUAAGAAAAGCAAAAUCCAUGGUGACAAAGGUACUGGCGAAAGAGAAUUUAGCAUUCGAUUGAGGAAGCGCUCAAACGAUAUGAAACCUGAAUGGAAAAAUAAUCAAAUUGAUGAUGAUGAUGAUGGCUUUAGUGAUAACAGUGAUACAAACGGUAGGAGUAACCGAAAUGGCAUUGGCUAUGUCCACAAUGAUAAUGAUAAUGGCAUUAGCAAUAUCAUUAUCAACAAGAAGAAGAGAGCAAUGAUUGCAAACUACAGUACUAUUGCUUUGGGAGUUUAA